AUGGGCUGUCUUGAUUCCCUUCAACCCUUGCAUCAGGAGUGCAGUCAAAAGCAUGGCAAGCCAGGCCAAGCCCGGAACAACGGCCACUACACGUUUUUCGUCGCAGUUCUUUGAUUGAUAAUGUGGUCCAAUAUUUUCUUUCCCAACUUAAAAGAACAACUUUAAGUUUACCUCUUGCUUUUAACAAUUCAAAUGCGUUGCUUCAUCUUAAUUAACGUUGAAAAUAACUGCUAUUUCGACCGAAACGGGAGCACAUUGCAAGAUUUGCCGCCAUGUUUUCUUGUUUCCCAGGCUUCCACGCGUGCCUUUCGCACAUGCGCGAUUUGAUUUACUUUGUCACGUGCGACUUUUGAACCAAUAGAAAAGUGCCAAAUGAACUUCCGUUGAAUAGUUCAAAUUCACGCGGACUUCACAAGCAACAAAGUAUUUUCGUAAGACUGUCUUUCUAUUAUCCAUGUUAUUUUCGAGACAAAUUGAUCAAUUGCGAAGUUUGUGUUCACAUAAAGCAUGUUUGCAAGUGAGUUUACUCAGCUGGAUUAAUGUGGAAAGGUAUGUUUUCUAAUAACUUUACGUAAAUAAGCUUAUAAAGUUCAAAGAUGAAUGCAAAGAUAUGCCAUUGAUCAGAUUCCUUUUUGCUGCUUUUUGUUUACUGCAGAUCGAAAUAACUGUACUCUUUGUUGCAAAUAGUCAGUGGGAUACUCUGAAAACUGUAUGUUCUGGCGCUACAAGGUUAUAG